GGCCGGUGACUCGUAAUUUGCAGUGCGUUCUGAAACUGAAACUGCGCAUGUUUCCCGUGAGCCGGCGGCGGCAGUCGGCGGCGUGGGUCGUUGCCGGCGUCAGUCCGCGCCGUCCCGCCAACGCCACGCACCGUGCGUCGCCAAAUUCUACAACCUUCCAAAAACAAACAAUCAGAUAAAUCCCCACCCUGCUUCCGUGUUUAUUGUGUAUUUUUUUGUGCUGUGAGGUGGUCGGUGGCUGUGCAAUCAGCGUCGUGUUGACAAGCGGAGAUGCUGAGGGGCCGGUGAGAUGUGGCAGUGGAUGGAGGGCGGCGGCGCGGCGCCGUGCGCGCGCGGGAAGCACGCGGCGUGCGUGCUGGGCAGCGCGGUGUACGUGCUGGGCGGGCGGGGCGCCGGCGGGAACCUGCCGCUUAGGGACUUCUGGCGGUAUCAUCUGGCAUCAGGCGUGUGGGAGCGGCUGGACGGCGGGCCGGCGGCGCCGCCCGCGCUGCAGGAGCACUCGGCGACCCCGCACGAGGCCUCGCUCUACGUGUUCGGCGGGGAGGUGGGCGCGCUCGCCACCGAGACGCCGUUGUGGGUCUACAACACUGAGACUCGUCUCUGGCGCAAGCUGGCGGGGUCGCCCGCGCCGGUACCGCGACGGGGGCGGCGCGCAGGGGGCGGCAAGCCGGCGGGGGGCGGGCCGCGGGGGCGCCGCGGACACUCCGCGCACGCGCUCAAGGACUGCCUGCUCGUGUAUGGAGGCUACAUGGACCUGAAGGGCUCCACUAAUGAGCUAUGGGCUUUUCACUAUGAGUCAGAGUCGUGGCACCAGGUGCGCACGGCGGGGCCGGGCCCGGCGCGGCACCGGCACGCCGCCGCGCUGCACGACAACAAGCUGUACGUGCACGGCGGCCAGUGCGACCUGCGGGAGUGCGCCGACCUGUGGCACUAUGACACCAUGUCCCGCGUGUGGAGCCAGGUGCGCACGCCGGCCAAGCUGUCCCCGGGCCCCCGCUCGGGCCACGCGGCGCUUCGGGCCGGUGCGCACCUCUACAUCUUCGGCGGGGAGAGCGCCGCCGUGCCCACUAAUGAGCUCUGGAGGUUCCACUUCGCGACGGAGAGCUGGGAGCGCAUCCACCAGAACCUGUCGUGGCCGUCGCCGCGCGUGGACUGCCGCCUGCUGCUGGUGCCGGGGGCGGCGCCGGGGCCGCGGGGGCGCGCGGGGGGGCCGGGGGCGGUGGCCCCGCGCCCCGCGCGCCCCGACCCGCCCUCCUCGCUGCUGCGCGAGAUCUCCAAGCUGUCGUCGUUCCACAUGCGGCGCAACAACCGUGCGUCCUACUCCGUGCUGGACCAGGACUCCACCGAGAGCCUGCACGCGCCGCCGCCGCCGCUGCCCAAGAGCCUGUCCGCCUACGUCAUCGACAAGCGGCAGCCGGGGGACGGCUCCGAGCGGGGCGCGGGGGGCGGCGGCGGGGGCGGGGGGCGCGGGGAGCUGGCCCGGGAGCGCAUCUCGGUGCCGGACUUCGCGGACAUGGUGCUGCCCGCGCCGGCGCUGUCACCCGCCGCCGCCGCCAAGCUCGUGUACCUCGACUCCGACGAGGAGGAGGACAUGAAGCGCGAGCUGCGCGAGAUGGAGCUGCUCAAGCGGCAGGAGGGCCGCCUCAACGAGUACACGAAGGUCGAGCGAGUCAUCGUCGCGAUCCCUAAAUCCGCUUCCGUAAGAUUCACGAAGGAGCCGACAGUGGUGACCGCGGAGGACGAGAGCGAGCUGUCCACGUCGGACUACGCGAGUGCGGAGCGCGUGAACCGGCUGUCCGGCACCUCGUCCCUCGGGUUCUGCAACCCGCACUACCUGGGCGGGGACGUGCGGCGGCUGGGCGCGGCGCUCACGCCGGACUCGGGCGUGGCGGGCGACAUCGAGCUGCAGGACCUGAGCGAGCGGGCGCGCGGGGGCGGGGGCGCGGGGGGCGGGGCGCUGGUGUUGCUGCUGGUGGGCGGGCGCGAGCCGGCGCACCCCGCGCUGCUGCAGCGCCCGCUGUCCAUGUGGACCUACCGCCUGCUGUAGGGGACACUAUAGGGCUAAUUUCGAAUGUAACUUCAGACACAGACCGCAUAACCGAGGCAUACUUCGAUGAAAAACAAAUCGCUGAAAAGAGGAAGGUUGCGGGUGAAGUAGUCUUGUUUUCAUUGGCUCGUUCAAAGCCUAGAUAUAUGGUCGGUGCCUUGAGAUGAGCCAAUAAGAAAGCCAGUCCAGUCCAA